AAGAAGAAGAAGAAGAAGAAGAAGAAGAAGAAGAAGAAGAAGAAGAAGAAGAAGAAGAAGAAGAAGAAGAAGAAGAAGAAGAAGAAGAAGAUGAAGAAGCUGGUGGUGUUUUUACUCUGCAUGGUCCUGCUGACCCUCUACACAGAUGCCAACCCUAUCAUCAAGGAGAGCUUUGCUAAGCAGCUGCUCCGCAGCAGGAGGCAGGCCGGAUACCCCGACGAGCCCAUGAGGGAGCAUCUGCUCCACAUGCAGGCUUUGGAUCAGCGGGCCCAGGAGACCAGCAUGGAGAACUGGCUGAACCCUCACUGCUCCCCCCGCUGUGACAGGAACUAUGGACACCCCGUCUGAUCACGAAAAGGACCAGAGGUGACAACUUGGACAAGAUAACAAUGAAAAAGAUGUUCUCUCUCUAUCUUUCCUGAAAUAUGAUCAUGUAAAGAAUACAUGGUCAUUUAUGUAAUCAUAUUGUAAUACAGCUGUGUAGUGUACUGUAGUGUUGAAUUAAAAAGGUAUCCAUGUAUCAUCAGAAUGGAAUGUUGUAACAUCACAAAUAUUAAA